GGUGUGCAGGGGGAUUACGUCCCCUGGCUGACAUAUUAAGUAGCCAUGGAGCAGAGGAAGUGACACGUUGUCACCGCAUGUGGAAUGUGCUAGGCGGAGGAGGAAGAGGUUCCUUGCCUAGGGGUGUGUCAAGCGAAUGCCAGAGGCAGUGUGUGCCUAAGGCUGGAGGUGUGGAGAGCCCUGAGUGAGUCUCCGUGGGCCAGUCAAGCAGCCAAGCCCUAACUUCGCUGAGCUCCCCUUGGGUUCCCACACUCUGUGCCACUUUGUGGUGGGCACCGAUGCCCCGGGACCAGGACCUUGUGCUCCAGGAUAUGAAGGGACCGCAAGAGGUGGAAAGGCUGCCCGUGGCAAAUGAAGAUAAAACAAUGUCUGCCAACCUAAAGUAUCUCUCAUUGGGAAUUUUGGUCUUUCAGACUACCAGUUUGGUUCUAACCAUGCGUUAUUCUAGAACUUUAAAAGAGGAGGGACCUCGUUAUCUAUCUUCUACAGCAGUGGUUGUUGCUGAACUUUUGAAGAUAAUGGCUUGCAUCCUUUUAGUCUACAAGGACAGUAAAUGUAGUCUGAGAGCACUGAAUCGAGUUCUGCAUGAUGAAAUUCUUAAUAAACCUAUGGAAACACUUAAACUUGCUAUUCCAUCAGGGAUUUAUACUCUCCAGAAUAAUUUGCUGUAUGUGGCACUGUCAAAUCUAGAUGCAGCUACUUAUCAGGUUACAUAUCAGUUGAAAAUUCUUACAACGGCAUUAUUUUCUGUGUCUAUGCUUAGUAAAAAACUAGGUGUGUACCAGUGGCUCUCCUUGGUGAUUUUGAUGACUGGAGUUGCUUUUGUACAGUGGCCUUCAGAUUCUCAAGAGCUUGAUUCUAAGGAACUUUCAGCUGGCUCUCAAUUUGUAGGCCUAAUGGCAGUUCUCACAGCUUGUUUUUCAAGUGGCUUUGCUGGAGUUUAUUUUGAGAAAAUCUUAAAAGAAACAAAACAAUCUGUGUGGAUAAGAAACAUUCAGCUUGGUUUCUUUGGAAGCAUAUUUGGAUUAAUGGGUGUGUAUGUUUAUGAUGGAGAAUUGGUAUCAAAGAAUGGAUUUUUUCAGGGGUAUAACCGGCUGACAUGGAUAGUUGUCAUUCUUCAGGCACUUGGGGGCCUUGUAAUAGCUGCCGUUAUUAAGUAUGCAGAUAAUAUUUUAAAAGGAUUUGCAACUUCUCUAUCCAUAAUAUUAUCAACACUGAUAUCCUAUUUUUGGCUACAAGAUUUUGUGCCAACCAGUGUCUUUUUCCUUGGAGCCAUCCUUGUGAUAACAGCUACCUUCUUAUAUGGUUAUGACCCCAAACCUGCAGGAAAUUCCACAAAAGCGUAGGUGUAUAUUGUCUUUAAUUGGUUUUUUGCGAUGGUGUGCUAGGAGUCUCAACAUUAAUCUCACACAGAGGACUUCUACAGAUUCUGUGAAGAUGUCAUCAUGUUGAAUCUGAUCAUCUUGUUCAAAUGGCUUGAAAACCCACAGGCAUAAGGAUAAAAUAUGUGUACUGUAUAUGUAACAAAACAUUACAUGUAGAAAUUGAAAUGUGAAAGUCUUUCCAAGGGUUAGGAUUAGAACAAGGGUAGGGAGGAAACAUGAAAGCUCAGCUUAAAGAGUUUACCUUUCUGAUUGCAGCAGAUGUUCUAUGCACUCUUUGCCAGAGCACAUAAAUGUCACAUAGUAAUUUUUGCAAAUUAGUUCUACUUACACUUAAUAAAAUUUUUUAUUCUCUGUACAGAUAAGUCAAAUCUCAUAGAAUAUUCAGAGUUCAGAAAUUAUACUUACCUAUAAAACAAAUAGAAAUAUGAUUUGAAAACAAUUUUCAUUUAUCUGAUAUUUUUAUAUUUAUACAAGUUUACUGAACAAAGGAUUGAUAAAUAUUUGUUCAGUUAUAUAAAAUUUGAUGAGUGUUGGGUCAAAACAUCAAUAAAAUUCAUAUGUAAAUUUGGUACAGAGAGACAUCUGGAUAUAUAUGUAUUUAUAUACGUAUGUGUACAUAUAUAUAUAUGUAUAUCUUCAGACUCUUUAGGGCCUUGAGACAGCUAAGCAAUCCAGUUGGUCCUAUGCUAGAUAAUAGCCAGUGACUUUGACACUAAGGGAGUUAUAUCCAUAAUCCUCCAAUUGGCAUUUCUUCACUCCAAAUCAGUGACAUUCUUAAUAUUUUAAAUGUGUGGAUAAUUGCCAUUUAAGUUUUAAAAUGUAGUUUAAAUAAACUAGUUGGGGGCAGAGAGAGAGAGAUAAUAAUUUUCUACAAAUCUUCUGAGGACAAUUUUGAACUGUUGUGCAUAUCCCGAAUAUAAUUAGAAAGUAUUUCAGUGAAUAUUUUACUUUUUUUUUGCAAAAACUUCCUUUGAUCUAUAACUGUUGAAAAAAUAACAAUUAAAAAGAUAGUAGUGUACAUUUCAGAGACCAAAAUUACUUUCUUAAAGACAUUCCCUAUUGCCAAAGCACAUUAUUUUAAAUGGCAUUGUAACUUUUAGUUGCCUGAAGAAUUUUUUUGGCCCCUCAUAGCCACUGACUCCAGGAAUCCUCUUAUCAUUUGACCGUGUGAGAUAACUGAAUUCUGAUUUCUGUCAGCGUCCCCACUAGAGCUGCUGCUUUACAAUAGUGGAGAUGUUUUUUAUUUCCUUCCUUUUUAACACUGGAGUUGAGGAUGCAAGUUACAUUGAAUUAUUUAAUAAGUUCAAAGGACAGAAAAUAAUAUUAGACGUAUAUGAAGCAGUGGGAAAAAAUUGUUUUUCUAUCGUUGGAAUAUAAGUUUAAUUGAAUUAUUGACUACAUAUAUGCAGAAUUGCCUAUUGAGUAUAAGAAGUAUUUUAUUUUUUUCAUUUAUAAUGUAUAUAUUUUAAAAUCCCACUUAAUAGAUAUAAACACUGCAAAAGACAUAUUUUUAUAGAGUUGUCAUGGGUUUUUGUUAGCUAGAUUUUGACUCAAAAGUACUGUUGUUAUGAACUGUUAUGUACUCUUGACUAAGUUGGACUGGCUAUGUUACUUGCUAAUACAAACAUAGUCUCUAUCGGCCUACUUUAAAGACUGCAAGAGCAUUUGGGCUUAUAUCCUAUUACCUACUUGUACGUGAAAUUUAAAUCUUGAAAAUACACAGAAUUCAAGACUAAAAGCAAAGACUUGUAUUUAGGUCACAUUAUUCUUGGAACUAUUAUUAUGUACUGGUACAGUGUGUAUUCACAAGUAAUUGUUAAUUUAGGUUUUUUUCUGCUCCUAUUUUUACCUUUAAAGUUUUAUUCAAUUAAAUUAUUUGAUAUUAGGUUUGUUUAAGUAAUAAAACAUUUUCAGAUGAACAAAACCACAAUUUCCAAGCUUCCUAACAAAGAUUAUAAAAAUGUAAUUAAGAGUUAUAAAAAUACACUAGUCUAAACCAUAUUUUCAAAGCAAACUUCUUACUAGGCAUAAUUUAUAUUUUAGUUUUCUAGUGGAUAUGAGAUUAUUGUGCUAGAUAGUUUAUACUUGUUAAUUCAUAAGGGAAUGAUCACAUUUGGGAAGAUUGACUUGUGUCCUGUUCUGCAUCAUAUACAGAUAAUGACAUUUUGAGUAACUGGUUUGUGUUUUGUUUACCUUAAAAGAUCUUAAUGUGUCAAGCUUUUAUAAUGAUGAUUCCUUGAUUAACUUUAUAUACUUUUAGAAGUGUAUUUGUUAUUGUUCAACUACUUUGUUGAAUGUAAAGAUGUAUUAAUUCGUGUAAGAGGAAUUCUAACUGACAGUUCUAUUAAAAUUAAAAAUAUGGUCUGGCAAAAAGGAAGUUGGAAAUGCAAUAGAUAUAUGUCCUUUUAUGAUGGAAUAUAUAGUUUACAUAUGCAAAACUUAAAUGUUUACACCAGUUUACCUUGAAUGUCACAGAAUUUCACAGAAUGGAAUGGUAGCUUGAUAUUUAAAGUUGACUCAUAUCAAUCUGGAAGGAACUAAUUGACAUUGUGUUCCAAACAAUACAAUAUUGAAUAUUCUUACAUAUCAAAUUAUUAAACUUUUAAAAUAUCAUCAUUCAACUGCUUUUUUUCAUUAAACAAAAGUUUAGAAUUAAUCACUUAAGCAUCCCCUGUUAAAAAAAUUACUAUUGGUAUAUGCUCUAUAGAACACUUAUAAAACUAUUUAUACUAUAUUGAAAAUCAUUUUAAGCGUCUCCAGAACAUUUUAAGUAAUUAUAGGGACAAAGAUAAAGCACUUUUAUGU